AAUCAUAGGUUGCGUUGUACUGUGUUGAAGUCCUGGAGAAACGUAGGCUGUGUUCCUGGGUGAUUCACUGCCAUGACAUGUCCGAUACAAUAGGUGGCAGUAAGCACCUUUUAACUUUGGCCUACAACAGUCACGAAGAAGAAAGUGUGUGACGUUAUCACUUCCGCAACAACGAACUGACAGUGCAACAACAACAUGGACGUGGUGGCUGAAGUUAGCCAGGAAACUGGCUUUGCCGGCGAAAGCGGCGCAGACAAGUUACAAGAGCGACUACAGAAGAGGCACCAGGCGAGGGUGGAGGAUGCUGAGCGGAGGAAGGAAGCGAAAGAGAGCCAGUCCGUCGCGGAGGAAAAGGGCGAGUACUUCUACACCACUUUCAACAAAGAGCGGGCGUCCAUCGAGGAGCUGCUGUCCAGUUGCUCCGGAGCUGACCGGGCUGCGGUGACUCGAACACUGGAGGAGGCGACGGCCAAAACGGUCCAGCUGCAGAAGUUUCUUAAUGACAGCAUGUUGUUUCUGAAGCAGUACGACCUGAGACAAGCCCAGGCCGCUCUCCAGAAACUCCAAACCUCCCUCACUGAGAUCCGAGAGGAGGCCCUGCCCAAGAAGAAGUUUGGCUUUCGAGCUCGCACUAAAGCAACAGAUCCAGUCUCUGCACCAGUGUCAGCCACACCUUUACCUGAUGCCGGCACACCUGCAGAUUCUGGUAGCACUAAGGUGGAUGGAGCUGCAGCGCCCGAGCAGUGCAGCUUCUCCAACAUGGACAAUGUGAGUCUGACAAAGACAGCUGAGGAGAUACAGAAACGAGACGUGCUGUUGACUCACCUGACUAACUGCAAGGUCCGUCUGUUUGGUGCCCCCAGCACGCUGCACCUGAAACACAUCGAUAGCUGUGAGAUCCUGUGUGGGCCUGUGUCUAGUUCAGUGUUCAUUGAUCACUGUACAAACAGUACUCUGGCUGUCCCCUGUCAGCAGCUGCGGACUCACAACACCACGGACACACAGGUGUAUCUGCACGUCACCAGCCGAGCCAUCAUAGAGGACUGUCGUGGAGUGAGCUUCGCCCCGUUCUCCUGGUCUUAUCCCACCCUAGAGGAGGACUUUACUGUGGCUGGCUUAGACCAGGACAGAAACAACUGGAACCAGGUGGAUGACUUCAACUGGCUCGCUGCAGGAACACCUUCCCCUAACUGGACUGUCAUUCCAGAAGUAGACCGGAAAACCAACUGGGACCCCUAGAAUUAAACAUUUUAAAACCUUUUUAUCUGCCAAAGUAACAUGUCAGUCAAACCAUCAAAUGAAAUGUUUUCAACCCAAAUACACAAAUAUUAUUUUGUCCAGGUUAUUUCACAAAGCUCAGUGGUUUUAAUUAAGUUUUUUUUAGGUUUUUUUUGUUAAGUCCGUGACUGUGUUUAUUUUUUUCUGUUGUUGUUGGUAGAUGUCAUCCACUGAUUGCGUUGCCCUGAUACAUAGAGCUGGAGAAAAGGGUAGUAUGGAUGACAAGCUUAAAACUGCACUGAGAUAAAAAAAAAAAAAAUUAAUAAAAUCCACCAAAUCACAGUGGGACCUUUGGUACAGAAGAACAUCACAUCUCAGCUGAUUUGUUGCAUCCACUCUUUUGCCCAAGUUAAACUGGUUUGGAGAUUUGCAGGCUUAUAUUCUUCUGCUCACGCUUAGCGCACAAUUGACACUAAACAGAAAAAUGCAGAACUCUUAAAAAUAGCAGUUAAAGACAAUUUCACACGUGGCCGGGUUGGUCAGUUGGUAGAGCAGGCACACAUAUAUUUAGAUGUUAAUGCCUCGACGUAGAGGUCCAGGGUUCGACUCUGACCUGUUUUCCUGCAUGUCUUCCCCCUCUCUCUCACCUGUCCAAAAAAAAAAUCUUAAUCUUAAAAAAAAACAUCACACUGGGAAGGAAGUAUUAAGAAAUUGGUAGAUGUUUGCAGUUUUUGUUUGUAGUUAUCUCUGUAUAAUGCAAACAUAAACUUCAUAAAUGUAGGAUUUAUUGCAGGAAUGUUGGAUUAGACUGCAUGGCUAGGUGUACCUAACAAACUGGCACUGAGUGUAGUUAGCAUAUAGCUGCAACUAACUAACAAUGUUGUAUUAAUCUGCUGACCCCUGACCCUCAAUUGCACUUGAAUGCUUUAGUGGUGGUCUGAUCUUACAGAACACAACUCAGUCUAAUCUGUUCUUUGUAAUAAAAUGUACUGGAAUGGAAAUGAGACACAAAUAAAAGGCUUCCUGCUCAACAACA